ACGGACAGCGAGAAAGUGCGCUUCGCGCGAGAGUUGAGUGAAAAUUGCUGUGAAAAAGUGUUGAAAAUCCAAUAUGCCAAGUGUCGUGAUGGGAAAGUGCGUGGCGCGGCGUGCAUGGUGAGUGGCUGUGCGGCGCGCGGGACACGAGAUUGCCAGUGCGGUGCGACGGGGAGCAUGGAAAUCGUAGGAGUCGAGUGACAUUCUCAAGAAACUUGUCUCGCCCCAACGCUUCCCACCCAUCCGGAGGGCUCCAGAGCAGCACCUUCAGCCUCCACCCAUUGCGCCAGCAUGUCUAGCUGGGCGGCACGGAUGCACCGGCACGCCGCCAACUUGGGCAGCGUGGUGACCAGCUGUGGCCACCCGGAGCCCGGACCGUAUCCGCAUCGCCUCGAGAAAGUCAAGUUCGGCAUCCCGCUGGACGAGGUGUGCAAGAACGACAUCCCGGGGCCGCUCCUCGUGCUCAUUCUCAAGCUCAACAAGGAGGCGCCGCUGCGGAAGGACGUAUUCCGGGCGCCCGGCCACCAGGGCGCCAUCAAGAAGCUCAUCCACUUCCUGCAGGCCGGCCGCCUGGUCAACGUGGACAACUACUCCGUGUACACCAUCGCCAGCGUGCUGAAGAAGUUCCUGCGCAAGAUUCCGGGCGGCGUGUUUGGGCGCCAGGGCGAGGCUGAGCUGUUCGCCAUCGUGGAUCUGGCCAGCGAAGAUGAGCAGCAGGAGAGAAUUCACAGACUGUUAAUGUCACUGCCAGUCUAUACACAGCGACUCCUUGUGCUGCUGUUUGGAACAUUCCGUGUGAUUGCGAGCAAUGCCGAGAGGGCGGACACGGGGAUGACCAGCGAGGCUCUCGGCGUGUCGGUGGCACCCAGUUUCUUCCACUCGUGCGUGAGUGAUGGCAAGACGGCACGAAUGGAGGAUGUUCUGCGCUUUAAGGCGGAAGUUAAUGUCGCCACGAGAAUCAUGAAACAGAUGAUCGAACAAUUCACAACAUUCAACCUAUUUGGACGUGAAAAUUAUGAAUAUUAUGCAAGAGUGACGGGUAGAGUUUUACGUGUUCAGGAUGAGUGGAUCAUUAGUUUUCGCUAUCCACCCUUGCCGAGGGGUAAAUUCGCUCAGCAGAAUUAUGCACUUCAAUUGUCACUGGAGACGGAGAAGACGUGGCUUCAGUGCGAAUGUGAGCGCUGGGGAUUGAUUCAAGAGGAGUCUCACUCGACGCCGGCACUCCUGACGGCCGGCGGUGGCAAUGUUGGCAACAGCGCAAUGUCGCUGGGCAUAAUUCCGGAGCACUCGCUGCUCGAGUCGUGUGCCAGGCUGUCGGUGAGCCUGGAGGGGCCCAGCAUUUUUGCCGGCGGCGCCACGAAUCAGUCUAGCUGCUCGUCCUCGCUGUCCGGACACUCGUCGCAGUCCGAGUCGCAUCACAUGACAAUGGAGGAAUUGAGGGCGGUGAAUCGCUAUGCCGAAAGUACAAAGAGUCUCUCAUAUUUGCCACAGGUCCAUGAACGACAGACGGCGCGCAUGAGGACACGCUCCGAGUGGUUUUUGGGGGCUCGCGGUGGUUCGUUGGAACUCCAUCCGGACGUGCGACAGUCCACGAGUCCAGGAUGCAAUCAGUCGUCGACACUGCCGCCAACAAUCGCUGGCAACAUCGGCCUGAGCGCCUCCGCUGAGUCCGUGCACCAGCUGAAGCGCGCCAGCAGCCGGCGUUCGCGCCACCAUCCGCACCGCUCGUCGUCGCGGCGCAACAAGGAGAACGGCUCGCGGCCGGGCAGCUUCCGCAGCGCGGCCGGCAGUGGGCUGCAGGCCAGCAACAGCCAUCACAACAGCAACGAGGGCGGCGCGGCGGGCGGACGCAGGCGGCCCAAGGGUGUGACCUUCGACGCCAGCAUGUCGUCGCCGGGGAAGUGGUGCGACUUCCCCGGCGAGGACGCGGACGUGUCGAUGAUCACUGACGCGCAGGAGGACUGCCUGAUGGACACCACGCCGCCGCCCCAGGACGCCAUCAUCCACCACUACAAGCCGCCGCGCGUAUGAUCGUCCGUGGAGGCGCAAUGCACCAAAGACAACUCCUUCGCCGGCGCCCCCGACGAUCCCCAGGCGAGCGACCGCGCAAAUCUCAAGCUUCAGGCCCCACCGAAUGUGGAUGGACACUUAGAUGUUUGACUUUAGCUGUAUUAUUCGUGUUUAAGAUCAGUUGGGCGACCGCAAAACCACUCGAGAGCAGAUGGGAAGACACAUUCCUCAAAGGGCAUUUAAGUAAGGUUUUUUUUUUUGUUUUUUUGCAAUCAAUAGAACAUUCGUCGGCUGCAUCGCCUGUUAUUGCAUCGAAGUGUGUCUCUUCAGAUUGAAUUAUCGAGCUUUGAAUGUAGUUAAUUUUGUUAAAAUACACAUACAAUAAGUAAGAAUUGGCUCUGCUGAAUCUAAUCGAAGUCAGAGUCACUUAAUGAUCACUUUUCAGAUACAACAACUGACGAUGCAGCCAACGAAGCGCUAAAAAAUCAGUAUCAACAUCGGAAAACGAAAGAAAACACCGUCCACAGAACACUGAAACGUAAUAAUUUACGUGAAAAAUACAAACCGACGCAUUAUUUUACAACGAACAAACAUUUUUCCUUUUCUUUUUAAAACUCAAUAACACGAAAUACGAGUUCUUCUUUCGGUUUUUUUUUGUGGGGG